AUCUGGGGCGGCUGCUGCAGAGCGGCCGGGAGGAGGGUGGGUCUCCCCAGAGCGGAGUGCCGGAGUCCUCCUCCUCCGCCGCCCAGGCCGCCGCCGCCCUCCGGACUCCUGCCGCGCCCCGCGCGGAACUCCGAGUGCAGUGCCGAGCGCGGCCCGGUCGGCACAGCCGAGGCCCGAGAGCCCGCGGGGCGAGCAGCUCGCGGUGCAGAUUCUUCUUAAUCCUCUGAAGACUCUGGGAAACAGGAUGGCUGCAAAUAAACCCAAGGGUCAGAAUUCUUUGGCCUUACACAAAGUCAUCAUGGUGGGCAGUGGUGGUGUGGGCAAGUCUGCCCUGACUCUGCAGUUCAUGUAUGAUGAGUUUGUAGAGGACUAUGAACCUACCAAAGCAGACAGCUACAGGAAAAAGGUAGUGCUGGAUGGGGAGGAGGUGCAGAUCGACAUUUUAGAUACAGCUGGGCAGGAGGACUACGCUGCAAUUAGAGACAACUACUUUCGAAGUGGGGAGGGGUUCCUCUGCGUCUUCUCUAUCACAGAGAUGGAAUCCUUUGCAGCCACAGCUGACUUCAGGGAGCAGAUCUUAAGAGUAAAAGAAGAUGAGAAUGUUCCAUUUCUCCUGGUUGGUAACAAAUCAGAUUUGGAAGAUAAAAGGCAGGUUUCUGUUGAAGAGGCAAAAAACAGAGCUGACCAGUGGAAUGUUAACUACGUGGAGACAUCUGCUAAAACGAGAGCCAACGUUGACAAGGUAUUUUUUGAUUUAAUGAGGGAAAUUCGAGCCAGAAAGAUGGAAGACAGCAAAGAAAAGAAUGGAAAAAAGAAGAGGAAAAGUUUAGCCAAGAGAAUCAGAGAAAGAUGCUGCAUUUUAUAAUCAAAGCCCAAACUCCUUUCUUAUCCCGACCACACUAAUAAAUGUAAUUUAUAAGCAUUGCCA